CGCACACGUUUGACUGCUGCUGUCCUACACAACAACACCACCAAUCAACAACGACCAAUCAAACGCAAGCGGUGGUUGCUUGCAUACCACGCCCCAGCCAACACUCUUCACCUUCCCCCUCCCUCGCUUCCUUGGUUGCGGAAGUGUCCACAACAGCGCACCAACCAGCAACCAACCAGCAACCAGCGACAGGAGCGCGGACUCCAAGCGAGGCAGAGAGCGGGGAGAGGAGGAGCUCAUUCUCCCGCCUUGCUGCUUGCUUGCCCGCCUUUUAUUCGCCGCUCAUCAUGGCAAGCCCGUCGAAACCUUUGUUGAUUCGGCGGGCGUCCAGCUUCCAUCACGAGCAGGCAUCGCUGCCGUUCCGGCGGUCCCUGAGCACGUCCAGGGAAACAGCGGAAGAGGACGAUGACGGCGCCCUCCCAGGCAUCUUCGGCAUCAACACACACCUGGACAUUGCCCACGUCGACUGGCCAGAUGGCUGCGCGUACACGGGUGAGAUUGACAACAGCGUUGCACACGGGGUUGGCGUGAAGCGGUCUCCUGAGGGCUGGCUCUAUUGCGGCCAAUGGAGCCACGGCAAGGAGAACGGGCUUGGCGUGUACCUGUGGAGCGAUGGCUCGUGGUACGCUGGCGAGUGGACGCAGGGGCAGUCCGACGGUCUCGGCGUGUGGUGCAGCUGCCGCCGCAACGUGUAUGCCGGCGACUGGACACAGGGGCAGAAGGACAAGCUCGGCAAGCAGACCUGGGGUGAUGGCGGUCGCAUGGUGGAGUAUAUCGGCAUGUGGCGCCUUGGAAAGCGCGCAGGCCUCGGCGUCGAGGACACGAUGCAUGCUGCGCGGGUGAGUGGGCAGCCCUCAUUCAUGUCGGACAUGUCUUUGAGCGACCUUCAACUGGAUGCAGUGCAGCUUGGACGGCUGUCACCGGUUGCCCUCCACGCAUCGGCCAUCAGCCUUGCUCGCUCCUGCUCCACCCUCAACGUGGACGCUCUCGGUAGCAGUGCCACUCACACAAACGACGCCACCAACUACGAGCACAACAACACCAACAGCAACAGCAUCACCAACAGCACUGGCCCGCCACAGCUGCUGUCGACAACGCCAUGGGCUGUGGAAGCGCAGCAGCAACACCGCCUCCACAGCCAGAGUGUGACCAACCUCUCCGAAGGCACGGCAACGACCAAGAAACUGUCGCCAACAUCAUCCACAGCAUCGUCGUCCUCGUCAUCGUCUGCUGCUGCCGCCCAGCGCCAGCGUGCGCUAUGGAACGCGGGCCUGCCGCCACCGACAGCGUCGCUCCCGUCAGUGGCUGCAUCAGCGCCUCCCCUUCGCCAGCGUGGACGCGUUGUGUCAAAUGCAUCCACACGCACGUACAAGUCGAACACAUCAGACACAUCAACCGCCUCCCACUUCUCCGCGCAGUCAUAUCAACCCUUCCGCCAGCAGCAGCAGCAACAGCGACGGCGGCAGCAGCAGCGGCACAGGCGUUCAUCGCAGUUCAAAUCCUCGCGGCUGUUGAGUGCGGGCCAGCUUGCUGUCCUUCAUGCAGCACCAAACGCCAGGCACCAGUCCAAAUCCAAACCAGCAUCAUCAUCGUCGGCGCCAACCUCGACAUCGUCACCGCCAUCGUCGUCUACAGGCAUCGCAUGGAAGAGGCGGCGUCGGGGGCAGUCGGCAACAGCACCACCGCUUCCAACCAUCCCGUCAUCGUCAACAUCAUCGUCACCACAGCCGUCCGUGGUGGGCUCUGCAUCACCUGCUCGUACGUCACAGCCUCGGCAGCGGUCGUCUAGGACGCGCCAUGCACUGUCGUCAGCAUCAUCGUCAUCGCUGGCAUCGCAGUCGCGUGUGUUGCGUCGGCUGCUCAUCCUGGCUGUGGCGUUUGGCGCCUUUGCUAUUGUCAUUGCUAUUUUCGCCGCGUUGGCCUCGUGACGCACCCAGCACUUUUGGUGUGUGUGUGUGUGUUGUGUUGUGUUGUGUUGUGUUGUGUGUGUGUGUGUUGUGUGUGCUGUGUUGUGUGUGUUGUGUGUGUGUGUGUGUUGUGUGUGUGUGUGUGUGGUGUGUGGUGUGUGUGUGUGUGUGUGGUGUGUGUGUGUGUGUGUGCUGUGUUUCAAUUUCACCUCUGCUGUGUUGCCGUUGGUCAUUCUCCUUCCUUGUUUCCCCAUUUCCUUUCCCCCGCGUUAUUCAUCUCACCACAGCACACAUGUGUUUUCCUGCAUCUUUUUCUUUUAAUCAUGUCACACCUCACUUGCUUGCUUUCGUUAUCGUGUAACCUUCACUAAUUGUCGUUGUUUGAACCCUCAUCAUAUUCUCGACUUUUUGAUGUCUGACGCCAGGAAAAGAACUGUUCUGCUGAUCACGUUUCACUUUCUGCGGUCACACCGCAACCACACACACACACACACACAUAUACACACACACGCACACAAUGGAUCAAACAUGUUCCGGUUAAAGAAAGGAAGACAAUGGGC